CUUCUGGGGCUGUUGGUGCAGCAUGGGGAGCGGGUCCAGCAGCGACAAGACCGAGCUAAACUCUCGCACGGAAAAGCGACUAUCUGACGCCAAGCCCGUGAGUCGGCAUAUGUCGGACGCGCCUGCGUACCACGACAUGACCAACGCCGACGUCAACGCGAUGCUGGAGGCGUUCACAGACACGACGUUGGAGCUGUCGUUGGCGAGGGAAGCCGACUUUACCGGGUUCCUUGCCCAGCACAAUCUGCCCGCGUUCGACGCCAUGCCAGCGCACGUGUAUAAGCUGUCGCAGCUCAUGGAGCUCAACUUUAGCCACAACCAACUCACGAGUUUGGACGAUGCGAUUGGCGAGCUAGCCCAGCUGGAACGUCUCGACGUGGCCAACAAUCGACUGGCGCAGCUGCCCAGUGGGAUAUGCAAACUCGUGCGGCUCAAGACGCUGAUUGUGUCGGAGAACCAAUUGACGGCUCUCCCGGCAGACUUGGGGGCGUGCACCGCCCUCACCAAACUCGUUUGCUUCAAAAACCAACUCGCGACGUUGCCCGACAGCCUCGGGGGCUGCGUCCCCCUCGAAGAAGUCAACUUUUUCAACAACAAACUCACCAGUCUCGGCGCUGGCUUUUACGACCUCGUCCAUUUGUCGGACGUGAAUAUCGCGGGCAAUGCACUCACGCAGCUGGAACCGUUUACCAAGCUGGUCAACCUCAAGCGAUGCGCGGCAUAUCUCAACAAGCUCAAGGUGUUUCCAAGCCUCGUCACCUGUACGCAGCUAACGCAGCUCCAAGUGUAUCGAAAUGCGCUCAAAGAGUUGCCAGACUUGACCAACUUGGUGCUUCUCACCGACUUGGACGCCAACACAAACCAGAUCAAGGCCAUUCCACCGUCCUUGUGCUGUCCGCAGUCGACCCUCCGAAGCCUCAACUUGCGGAAAAACAGACUCGUGGCCUUGCCCCCCUUCCUCGGCAACCUGACGCAUCUCGAGAUCCUCAACAUUGGCGGCAACCCCAUCAGCUCUCCGUUGCCAGUGGAGCUGACUCACUUGACCACCCUCGUAGCGUUGCUGCUCGAUGACUCUAACAUUACGGUGCUGCCCAGUGAACUUGCGGGCAUGAAGUCGUUGGUUCGGGUGGACGUGGGCUCUCGAAUUGACCACUCCGAUACAACGACGAAGUCUGUCAUGGACGCGCUUGAAGCCACUUGCGACAGAAACAAAGGCUGGUUAAAGCAGUCAUAAGGAAAGAACACACUACUCUUUCGAUUAAUAGUAGUAAAUCGA